GGGGGGGGGGGAGGGGGGGGGGGGGGGAGGGGGGGGGGGGGGGGGGGGGGGGGGGGGGGGGGGGGGGGGGGGGGGGGGGGGGGGGGGGGUGGGGGGGGGGGGGGGGGGGGGGGGGGGGGGGGGGGGGGGGGGGGGGGGGGGGGGGGGGGGGGGGGGGGGGGGGGGGGGGGGGGGGGGGGGGGGGGGGGGGGGGGGGGGGGGGGGGGGGGGGGGGGGGGGGGGGGGGGGGGGGGGGGGGGGGGGGGGGGGGGGGGGGGGGGGGGGGGGGGGGGCGGGGGGGGGGGGGGGGGGGGGGGGGCGGGGGGGGGGGGGGGGGGGCGGGGGGGGGGGGGGGGGGGGGGGGGGGGGGGGGGGGGGGGGAGGGGGGGGGGGGGGGGGGGGGGGGGGGGGGGGGGGGGAGGGGGGGGGGGGGGGGGGGGGGGGGGGGGGGGGGGGGGGGGGGGGGGGGGGGGGGGGGGGGGGGGGGGGGGGGGGGGGGGGGGGGGGGGGGGGGGGGGGGGGGGAGGGGGGGGGGGGGGGGGGGGGGGGGGUGGGGGGGGGGGGGGGGGGGGGGGGGGGGGGGGCGGGGGGGGGGGGGGGGGGGGGGGGGGGGGGGGGGGGGGGGGGGGGGGGGGGGGGGGGGGGGGGGGCGGGGGGGGGGGGGGGGGGGGGGGGGGGGGGGGGGGGGGGGGGGGGGGGGGGGGGGGGGGGGGGGGGGGGGGGGGGGGGGGGGGGGGGGGGGGGGGGGGGGGGGGGGGGGGGGGGGGGGGAGGGGGGGGGGGGGGGGGGGGGGGGGAGGGGGGGGGGGGGGGGGGGGGGGGGGGGGGGGGGGGGGGGGGGGGGGGGGGGGGGGGGGGGGGGGGGGGGGGGGGGGGGGGGGGGGGGGGGGGGGGGGGGGGGGGGGGGGGGGGGGGGGGGGGGGGGGGGGGGGGGGGGGGGGGGGGGGGGGGGGGGGGGGGGGGGGGGGGGGGGGCGGGGGGGGGGGGGGGGGGGGGGGGGGGGGGGGGGGGGGGGGGGGGGGGGGGGGGGGGGGGGGGGGGGGGGGGGGGCGGGGGGGGGGGGGGGGGGGGGGGGGGGGGGGGCGGGGGGGGGGGGGGGGGGGGGGGGGGGGGGGGGGGGGGGGGGGGGGGGGGGGGGGGGGGGGGGGGGGGGGGGGGGGGGGGGGGGGGGGGGGGGGGGGGGGGGGGGGGGGGGCGGGGGGGGGGGGGGGGGGGGGGGGGGGGGGGGGGGGGGGGGGGGGGGGGGGGGGGGGGAGGGGGGGGGGGGGGGGGUGGGGGGGGGGGGGGGGGGGGGGGGGGGGGGGGGGGGGGGGGGCGGGGGGGGGGGGGGGGGGGGGGGGGGGGGGGGGGGGGGGGGGGGGGGGGGGGGGGGGGGGGGGGGGGGGGGGGGGGGGGGGGGGGGGGGGGGGGCGGGGGGGGGGGGGGGGGGGGGGGGGGGGGGGGGGGGGGGGGGGGGGGGGGGGGGGGGGGGGGGGGGGGGGGGGGGGGGGGGGGGGGGGGGGGGGGGGGUGGGGGGGGGGGGGGAGGGGGGGGGGGGGGGGGGGGGGGGGGGGGGGGGGGGGGGGGGGGGGGGGGGGGGGGGGGGGGGGGGGGGGGGGGGGGGGGGGGGGGGGGGGGGGGGGGGGGGGGCGGGGGGGGGGGGGGGGGGGGGGGGGGGGGGGGGGGGGGGGGGGGGGGGGGGGGGGGGGGGGGGGGGGGGGGGGGGGGGGGGGGGGGGCGGGGGGGGGGGGGGGGGGGGGGGGGGGAGGGGGGGGGGGGAGGGGGGGGGGGGAGGGGGGGGGGGGGGGGGGGGGGGGGGGGGGGGGGGGGGGGGGGGGGGGGGGGGGGGGGGGGGGGGGGGGGGGGGGGGGGGGGGGGGGGGGGGGGGGGGGGGGGGGGGGGGGCGGGGGGGGGGGGGGGGGGGGGGGGGGGGGGGGGGCGGGGGGGGGGGGGGGGGGGGGGGGGGGGGGGGGGGCGGGGGGGGGGGGGGGGGGGGGGGGGGGGGGGGGGGGGGGGGGGGGGGGGGGGGCGGGGGGGGGGGGGGGGGGGGGGGGGGGGGGGGGGGGGG